CGAACGACAAUCGUCGACGAUUCGCAGCACCCACGCACUUUCAGCCAAGGGUUCGGAUCAAGAUCGACCCUCCUUUCCUUCUCUUCACCAUACACACCUACUCUUCUUCUUCAUCCCCCUUAGCCGCGUCACCAUGCUUCGCCCUGCGGCCUCUAGGGCCUUGAGGCCUGCCUCGAGGAUGCCCUCCAUUCGCAUGGCAUCCACCUCUGCCUCAUCUUCGUCCUCAUCUUCGUCGUCGCGCCGCUACCUGGUCUCUGGAGCAGCAGCCGCCACAGCCCUCGUCGCUGGAUAUGCUCUCCUUCCGACGGGCAUCUUCAACGAUGGACGCUUCGACGAAUCCUCAACAGACGACCGCCCGUCACCCCUCUGGGCUCUUCCCUCCCGCUCGCAGAUGCUCCAAGCCUUGCGAGAAUCCUCGGCCAAGUCCAUCCGCCCUAGCGCAGCUGAUCGUCAAGAGCACGAUGAGUCCCUCGUCAACGCCAAGGCGACCCAGACGCGCAGCUCGGCGCCCAGCCCGGUGCUCGCCGGGAACCUGACCGACGCCGAGAUCCGCAAGCUCGACGAUGACGAGGGCUUUGACCUGCUAGUUGUGGGUGGUGGAGCUACAGGAACUGGUGUGGCAGUAGACGCCGCCACUCGCGGUUUGAGUGUGGCUCUGGUCGAGAAGGACGAUUUUGGUGCGGGAACGUCGUCCAAGUCGACGAAGCUGAUCCACGGUGGCGUGCGAUACCUGCAGAAGGCCGUCUUUGAGCUCGACUACGGACAGUACAAGAUGGUCAAGGAGGCCCUUCACGAGCGCAAGACCUUCCUGCACAUUGCGCCAUACCUCUCGGAGCACCUCCCAAUCAUGCUUCCCGUCUACCGCUACUGGCAAAUCCCGUACUACUGGGCCGGCACCAAGAUGUACGACCUCCUCGCAGGCUCCGAGAACAUGGAGUCAAGCUACGUUCUCUCGCGCGGCAAAGCGAUGGAGGCCUUCCCGAUGCUCAAGUCAGAUGGUCUCGCAGGAGCAGUCGUCUACUACGAUGGGCAACACAACGACACGCGCAUGAAUAUUGCUCUCGCCCUCACCGCUGUCCACCAUGGCGCCAUUGUUGCCAACCACACCGAAGUAGUCAAGCUGCACAAGCGCGACGUGCCGGGCAAGGAGGAGCAGCAGAUCUGCGGAGCAACAGUGCGCGACGUGCUCACGGGCGAGACGAUCGACGUCAAGUGUAAGGGCGUAAUCAAUGCAACUGGCCCCUUCUCUGACGCUAUUCGCAAGCUGGACUUCCCCACGGCGCAAGAGAUUGUCGCGCCCUCGUCUGGCGUGCACAUCACUCUGCCCGGCUACUACUCGCCGCGUGGGAUGGGUCUCAUCGACCCACAGACGUCAGACGGGCGAGUCAUCUUCUUCCUGCCCUGGCAAGGAAACACGAUUGCCGGUACGACGGACACUGCUGCCCCUGUUGAGGCCCACCCUCUGCCCAAGGAGGAGGAGAUUCAAUGGAUUCUCGACGAGGUCCGCAACUACCUCAGCCCAGACAUCAAGGUGCGACGCGGCGACGUUCUCUCCGCGUGGUCGGGUCUGCGCCCCCUCGUCCGCGACCCGGCAGCAAAGGACACCCAGUCUCUCGUGCGCAACCAUAUGAUCAACGUGAGCGCAUCCGGUCUCCUCACGAUCGCCGGCGGCAAGUGGACGACCUACCGUGAGAUGGCCGAGCAGACGGUCGAUCGUGCCGUUGAGGAGUUCAACCUCAAGCCCGUGCGCGGCUGCGUGACCAAGGAGACGAGAUUGAUGGGCUCGCACGGCUGGAGCAAGACGAUGUAUGUCAAGCUGCUCCAGCGAUUCGGCCUCGAGACGGACGUAGCGAAGCAUCUCUCCUCGACCUAUGGUGACCGCGCGUGGAGCGUGUGCUCCCUCGCCGAGGCUACCGGGCAAAGAUGGCCGGUACACGGCGUGCGUCUCGACCCCCUUUACCCGUACAUUGAGGCAGAGGUCCGCUACGCCUGCCGCAGCGAGUACGCGCAGACGGUGCAAGACUUUGUGGCUCGCCGAACGAGGCUGAGCUUCUUGAACACCGAAGCUACCGUACAAGCCCUUCCCCGCAUCAUCGACAUCAUGGCAUCCGAGCUUGACUGGUCGACGCAGCGCCAGGAGGAGGAGCUGCGCGAUGGUGUGCGCUUCCUUGCCUCAAUGGGUCUGCAGUCUGAUCGAGCAGAGGAGCUCUCUGGCGUUACUUUGAAGGAUCUGAAGGCAAGCGUAGCGCGUCCGCAGUCUGACUCGCACUUGAGCGACUCGAGGCUGGAUGCGAAGGAUCAGUUGGCUCGGGCAGGGGCUAGAGUGGACACGAUUGGGGAGAAAGCGACGGAGCAGAGUAGGGAGAGGGAUCAGAGGAGGACGAUCCCGCCUGAAAGAAGCGGUGGCGGUUGGUAG